AUGCCGAAUGCCCAUCACAGCGACGACUCCAUCGAGCCUACUACACCACCCAAGCAGCGUGCUGCCAACAAGACAGCUCCACGCAUCAUCUGCCUCGACUCGAGUCCCAUCAUAGCUUCUCCGGCGCGCGCAACUUUCGCCUCAUCCUCCAACAUGCCCGAAAACAGCUUUCGCUCGGCGAUGAACUCCGGCAAUGCUGCUUCAAUCACUCGGACCUCCUUUAAUGCUACCCACAGCCAGAGCACCAACGGCCUAUCACGCAAGUCCUCUGACAACAGCAAUUCGACGGCGCCUUCCAAUCGGUCAAAAUCUUUCAGAUCUAGUCUCGAGCAGUUCAGGUACGGCGGCUCCAGCAGCUCUAAGCGCGAGCCAGCUGCAUCAGAUAACAGCUCCCAACUCAGCCAAACCGAGUCGUCCGACGAAGAGCGCAAACCCAAAAAACGUCGUCUUGUAAGGGGCCGACCAACUCGAUCUCACUCCCGCGAGCCCUCUCAAGACAAAAGUAGCGCGCUCAAGCCCAGUAACGGCAUAAAGGAUCCAAUCAAAGGCCCGCACGAUGACGAUGACAACGAUUCCGUGCGAGAAGUGUCACCGCCUCCUGCUCGCAAACCUUCCACUACGCCUUCAGCCACGACGAAACCUCCCUCUUCCCAGCCGACAUCGAAUGGCGCUCAGCCUGUGCCCAUCUCUGAUGAAGAGCUCAAGGAGAAGGCUCGACGCAUCAUGAAACUUCAUCCACUCAUUGAGGCUAAGCGCGUUCUCUCGGCUUUACGCCAAACUCGCGGCGACCUCAGGAAAACCUUAGACUUACUCACAUCUAGACCUAGCACGGUUACCACCAAAUCGGUUGGCGUCAAACCGACUAGCCAUGGCCUUCAACGUCCACUGCAAGCCACCGUUGCGAACCGUGCCCCACAGAAUGGCACUUCUCACCUGUCCAAGCAAUCUAGCCACGGCAACGCCAGUUCCAGAGCCUCGACGCCGGCCCUUUCGCGCGUCUCCUCGCAACAGUCGACUCAACAGUCGGUCUCCGUCAAAAAGCAGCCACGAGGAACGGUUGAGAUCAGCUCUGAUGACGAUGACUCUGACGGCCAGGAUCGAAGCGAGAAGGAGGAGCGCGCUGCUGUCAAGUGGUUCAACACCGCUGACGCUAGUGCCCUCAUGGACACAACCAACUGUUCUGCGCAGCAAGCUGGAACCAUCAUCGCACUGCGUCCUUUCCAUGACGCCGACGACAUCGAGCAAAAGCUCGGGAGCAGAUCGGCCAAGGGGGUUACACCAAGACUCUUCCACCAGUGCAAGGAUCUCAUGGCCGGAUACUACCAAGUCGAUCAAGUGCUAGCCAGAUGCGAAAAGAUUGGUCGCGAGCUGAGUGACGCCAUGGCUUCCUGGCUGCCAGACACCAGCCAGCCUGUAUCGCCGCUGGCAUCACCGGCAUUGACUGCCUCCAUCAACGCUUCCGUCGCAGGAUCGCGUGAAGGCACGCCUGCAAGCACGCUCAACUUGUCUAGUAUUAAGAAAGGCGGUUCUUCGACCGACAAGUUCUACCUAGAGGAGCAACCCAGAUUGCUUGCCGAUGGCGUCAAGCUCAAGGACUACCAGCUCGUCGGCGUCAACUGGCUUCACCUCCUCUACCGCAAGAAGACGAGCUGCAUCCUCGCCGAUGAGAUGGGUCUCGGCAAGACUGCACAAGUGAUCGCCUUCUUCGCGCAACUCAAGGACAUGGGCAUUCGAGGUCCUCACCUUGUCGUAGCUCCCAGCUCAGUGCUGGAGAACUGGGACAGAGAGUUCCGCUUUUUUGCUCCAACCAUCAAUGUCCGCAAGUACUAUGGUAGCAUGAAGGACCGUGUAGAGCUCAGAGAAGACCUCGCCGAGGAUCCAGAUCUCCAAGUAAUCUUGACAACGUACGACAUGGCCGCAGGUGGACCACAAGACCACACCUUCCUGCGCAAGUUUGGUCGACGGGGCUGCGGCCGCGUCGAAUGCAAGCCUGGCUGCGACGAGAAAAGUUGCCGCGCUGGUGGCUUCGAGGUGUGCGUCUUUGAUGAGGGUCAUAUGCUCAAAAACCGCAAGUCGCAAAAGUAUGAAAAGCUACUCAAACUCAAAACUCGAUGGCGCUUGCUUUUGACCGGCACACCCUUGCAAAACAACCUGCAGGAGCUUGUCUCGCUGCUCAACUUCAUCAUGCCCGAAUACUUCUCAGACGCCCAAGAGGCUCUUGCUGCCAUCUUCAAGGUAAAAGCGGGAGGACAGCAGAACCAAUUGUCGAAGCAGAGGGUCGAUCGAGCCAAGAAGAUGAUGCAUCCUUUCGUCCUGCGUCGUCUCAAGGACAAGGUGCUGACCGACCUUACCACCAAGACGACUCGCGUCGAGUACUGUGAUAUGACACCAGUGCAGCGCAAGAUCUACGCACAGGCGGUCGCCAAGACCAAGCGUGUUGCAGCGGCCGAAGCCGAGGCAGCCGAGUCCACAGCAACGACUACCCGCAAAAAAGCAGCAGCCGCGACCUCCAACAGGGAAAGCGGACACGUACUGAUGGAGUUGCGUAAAGCAGCGAACCAUCCGUUGCUAAGCAGACAGCUCUUCGACGAAGCUAAAAUCGAUGCCAUGGCUCGAGACCUGAUGAAGGAACCCGACUAUGCCGACUGCAACUUUGAGCACGUCAAAGAGGAUCUCCGCAUCAACACGGACGCUCAGCUUUCCUUCUCUGCACAGAGCUACCCGGCUACCCGUAAGCACGUUCUUCCAGGUCCGGAGUGGAUGAACUCGGGCAAGAUCAAGGCAUUGCAAAGACUGAUCCCCGAGAUCCAGGCCAAGGGCGACCGCAUUCUGAUCUUCAGUCAGUUCACGAUGGUGCUCGACAUCCUUUGCGUGUGCUUGGAGCAUAUGGGAGUCAAGUAUGUCGGCUUUACCGGUUCCACACAGGUCGAGGAUCGACAGGUGCUGGUAGAUCAGUUCACAAAUGAUCCCUCAAUUACCGUGUUCCUGUUGUCAACAAAGGCGGGUGGAUUGGGUAUCAAUUUGAUCGCAGCCAACUGGGUCAUUCUGUUUGACCAGGACUUCAAUCCUCACAACGACAAGCAGGCGGCAGACCGAUCGUACCGAAUGGGGCAGACCAAGCCAGUUUCGGUAAUUAAGCUGCUCAGCCGUGGGACGAUCGACGAAGACAUUCAUGCGCUGGGUGAACGCAAGCUCGAGCUAGCUGAUCGGGUCUCAGGAGAAGAUGACACCGAGUCGGACGAGGCUGAGCAGAAGAAGAUGGCUCAGACACUACUGGCUAAGUUGCGCGAGGCUGCCUCGCCCGACAUUCAGGAGAUUAGCGAUGACGAAGGCGAAUCCAAGUGA